CCAACUAACACUAACACCAAACACCAAACUCCUCCUUUAUUGGUCUUUAGCCUCUCUGGCCUCCCCUUAAAGAAACAGAAAAGCCAAUGGCAAUCAUAGUAAAACAAUAAAGCAGCAAAGCUAAUGGAAGUGGGUGGUGUGGUGGUCCUCCCCUUAUUAAAUGUCUCCUUGCCCUCCAUUUCUAUUCAAAAUUCAAACUCAACCCAGCUCCCAGAUCCCUAGCCUCCCUCUUCCUUCCUACUUCUCUUCUCUUUUCUCUAAGUGCUCCACUUAACAUUUUUUAACACAGAAGUUUAUAGUUGAGGAAGAGACGCAGCCGAGAGGCUUGUGUCAAUGGAAGUGAACAGAGAAGAGAGAAGGGUAAUUUGGUAAUUGAGAGCAGGGGUGAGUAAAGCAAAGAAAAUGAGCACAGCUAGAUUCAUCAAGUGUGUCACUGUUGGAGAUGGAGCUGUUGGGAAGACAUGCAUGCUAAUCUCUUACACCAGCAAUACCUUCCCCACUGAUUAUGUGCCUACAGUGUUCGACAACUUUAGCGCUAAUGUGGUGGUGGAUGGCAGCACAGUUAACCUUGGAUUAUGGGACACUGCAGGACAGGAAGACUACAACAGGCUGAGGCCUCUGAGCUAUAGAGGUGCUGAUGUGUUCUUGUUGGCCUUCUCUCUCAUCAGCAAAGCCAGCUAUGAAAACAUUGCCAAGAAGUGGAUACCUGAGCUGAGGCAUUAUGCUCCAACAGUCCCCAUUGUGCUUGUGGGAACCAAACUUGAUUUGCGGGAGGACAAAGAGUAUUUGAUUGAUCAUCCUGGUGCUACACCCAUAUCAAUUGCACAGGGUGAAGAGCUGAAGAAGGCAAUUGGUGCUGCUGUUUAUAUAGAGUGCAGCUCCAAGACUCAGCAGAAUGUGAAGGCUGUGUUUGAUGCUGCCAUCAAAGUUGUUCUGCAACCCCCUAAACCAAAGAAAAGGCGACGGAAGGCGAGGCAUUGUGUGUUUCUCUAAAUUUUCAUGUUACUUUUCUCUCUUGUAACAACCACAGUUCCUCUUCUAAGUCCUCAUUUUCCAUUUAUGCCAGUACUCUUGGCAUUUGUUGUUUUUCAUUUUCUGCUUGUAUUUUCCCUUAUGUAAUAUUAUUGUGUUCCAUACUUCUUGUGGACUAUAAAGAAGGCAAAUAUGUUGUAAUCUCAGUGCUCAAGCAAAGCAAGAUAGCACUGGACUGAGGCAGAUAGUGGUCUGUAUGCCCUAUUAUACCAUACAGAAUUUUUUUUAUUUU